CUCUGUUUAUAGAUUCUGUAUAUUUUUAUGCAUUAGGUUUAUAACUCGAGCUUUCUACAUGAUUAAAACCCGUUUUAAGUAGAAGAAGCACUUUUUAGAUAAGCCGUUAUUCGAAGCACCUUUUACGCAAAGACAAUGUUGCAAUGGAUGGGAGGAUCGAGGCGAAAAGUGGCAUCUUCAAGAAAGUCUACACAGAAGAGGCAAAAGCAAUAUUUUGAACAAAGGAAACGACAACAACAGCAGACCGUUGGAUUAGACAUCUCUGUUGAUCAUAAACAACAUAGAUCCCUUGACGUUCUCAGUUUGCUCAACUUGUCAACAUCUUCUCAACAACACUACUCUGUUUGUCCCAAUGGAAGGCAAGAUUUGGAGGUCAAUGCUUCAUCGGAAAUCUUUAUUAACACAGCAACUGCUGAAGAUUUUGUUGAAGUUAAGGAAUCAGGAACUCAAUUACGCUAUCAGAUGGAGACUGUAUACCUGAAGAAUGCUUCGUGUUACACUCCUGAUUAUCAUAGUAAUGCUUCUACUGGUGACAACUGUAAAACAGACCUCUGGAACACAACUUCUCAGUAUCAGACAUCUGUUUUUGAUUUGCUUGCUGAAGACGGACCAAGUGGCAAUAUGGAAGGAAGUCCCAUACAUGAAGCUCAUGUUGCAUUUUCAGUUGAAGGUUUGGGUAAAGUGGGGACACAAACUCCUGUCCAUUCUCCACAACCUGAAAGGAUAUUUCAUUAUAGAUAUUCAUCACCACGGAAGGCUGCAAGGAGACAUAACUCAAAGAACUUAGAUUAUGUGCUGGAUGAUCUUGAACUUGAAGUGGAUGUGAUGAUGGAAGAUUUAAGUGUGCCUCUUGGUGGAAGCAAUUUGGAGUUUUCAACAGGGAUAACAAAUUCAUGUAGCAAUCAGAAGCAGAAAUAUUCAGUCUUCAGUGACUGUACACCGUUUGAAGUCCAAGUUAAUAAAAUGAAAAGAUCUUUCAAUGAUUCCAGUAUCUUCUGCGGCAUUGGAAACAACAAUGACGACCUAUGGGAUGUUCAGUCUAGUGUCCUGGAGGAAGACUUUCUUUGUGAGAAGAAACAUGAUGUAUCUGGAAAGAUUGGGCACUAUCAAACAGAAAGGAUUGAUUUUAUGAAAUAUGGAAACAAUGAAAUGUCAAAUUAUGUUUUUGAGAAACCUCACUCACAGAAGAAUAGGGAUUCUGUGGAAGCAGCAGGCACAUACAAUAUCCUAGAUUCACCUUUUCAGAAGCAUCAAAUAUCAGGAAAUAAUGAUGAUUUCAUAACAUCCAAGAGGACGGGGUAUCCUGCAGUAGGAAGGAAUUUUGAUUUUAAGAAGGUAAUUACUCAACCAGGUUGGUCUUACUCUGAAGAUGCAAAGGAUAAUUUGAGUUUGCUCAGUGAAGAGUCAUGCUCGUCCAGUGCAGUAAGGGGUGAGGCAACUGAUAGAUCACCACCAAAUUCUACGGCAAGAGAAUGCAGGAGAAGGCAUAAGAAUGCUGUUGACAGCCAUGUAGAUAUAUAUGGUUCGAGGAAUAUUUAUGCCAAACAAUCACAAGCCAAAAACAUAUUUGAUGUUCAAAAAGAAAGUUCCAUACGAGGAUCAGGAAAAUGCACAAGGAUGCCUAUGCCUACCACAUCAAAGUUGAAAUAUUUCCAUCACUCUAAUUCUUGUUUCCAUGAUAAAUCUGGUCAACUGGGAAGUUGGUUGUUUGAGCAUGAUACAAUCUCUGGUGUCACUACUAGUCAAACAUCAGACACAAAAGUUCCAGCCUCAAGAUCCAAACCAGAGAUGGGAGAUCCAUUCGGUGGAUUUCGUGUUCAUGAAUCAUAUAUUGAUGCAAAGUCAUCUUUGGGGGAAUCCAGAUGUGGCGAAUCAGUUAAAUGUUCGCCUUUUGAAAGUUCUAUUUCUGAGAAGUUUACAUGUCGCAAGCCAUUUAGUUACAUGAACCAUCAGGAUUCCUCUAAUUGCUCAAAGGUUGAACUUCGACCAACCAAACCAAAUUUAUCGUUAGAUUCUCUGUCAAGAGACAUGCCACAGGCGUCAUUUCCUGUUGCUAGUUCUGAUGGAGAGAUACUGUUUCUUAACUUGUUAGCCCAGGAAAAUGUUAGCAAAUAUGAGGAAACUAAAUCGAAACCUCGGCCAGCCAACCAUGACAAGUUUGAGUCUGGUAAACAAAGUUGCAGUUGGAACAAUUACAUUUUAUCGGAAAACAAAACGGCAAUGGAUGCUUUAAAUUCCAAGGACAAGAUUCUUGAAUGUAGUGAAGCAGAAGAUGGAACUUUGGAACUAAAGGAAUCUCCAGAAACAGCUAACUCUCUUGAGCACGCUGAGGAGACAUCAUCAUCUGUGAAGAUCCCUGACAAAGUUGAAGACAGUAUAAAUCAUGAAUACAAAAACAGUAUGGAAAUUCAUCUUCCUUGUCAAAAUGAGAAUAAAGAUCUAGAUGGUUCAGGACCUGAAGAAAGCAAGAGGCAAGGAAUUGGUGCAAAUUCAUCCAGCUCGGUGGUGAUGCUGGAAAGCUAUGUUCUCCAGAUUCUUUGUAUGCAGGAGGUAGAGAAGGAUGUAUCUGGGCAGGGCAGUCUGAAGUAGGUGUAAUUCCUUUCCCAAGUCUUUUGAAAUUAAUGAACUCAAAGACAAAUGCAAUUGGUUUAGGAAAACUCAAUUUGUAAUAUAUCAAGUAGAGCAUGUAGUACCUUAAAGUUUGAGCAAAUGUAUUAGGAAAUAGUAUAUAGUAAAGUGUACUUUUUAAUGCUGUCUAUCACACACACAAGGAUCUUGUAUGAUAAUAAGCUGACAGGGAAAGUACCAACAGAAAGAUAAAGGAAACGAUCAUUUCUCAAACACUGAUAAAAUAUAAUCUUCAGCGAUACUUUUACUGAAUGUUUAUAAUUUUAUUA